UCAUAAGACGGUUGCUACUGUGACUUCAUUUCUCUGUUACCAGGGAGAGGAUCAUCUCUAAGGCUUCUUCAUGUAUGUACUUCUUGUGUGGCUAAGGUUUCUGUGAAUCAGCAGUACCACAGAAAGUGUUUCUCUUCUUUAAAUUCCAGAGAAGUCUUGGAGUGAAAAAAAACAACUCAAAAAGGAAUCCUGGUCAAAGAGCCUAUGCCUCGGUGAGGAGGUUUAGUAUAAACACAGCUGAUGUCUUCCCAUUCUUAAGGGUAGCAACCUUCAAAUAGUAGUAAAGUUUAAAGAAUAGACAUCUGGCAACAAUCAGAAGAACAACAUGGGAGAAACUGAGAAAAGUGUUGCAACCCAUGGGGUCAGAUGCUUUUCCAAGAUCAAGAUGUUUCUGAUGGCAUUAACAUGGGCAUAUCUAUCCAAAGCACUAUCGGGAGCUUAUAUGGGUUCCAUGCUCACACAAAUCGAGAGACAAUUUGAUAUUCCUGCAUCUUUAGUUGGAUUUAUCAGUGGGAGCUUUGAGAUUGGAAACCUUUUUUUGAUUAUAUUUGUGAGUUAUUUCGGGACAAAACUUCACAGACCUAUCAUGAUUGGUGUUGGAUGUGCAACUAUGGGCCUAGGGUGUUUCAUAAUAUCACUACCUCAUUUUCUUAUGGGAAGAUAUGAAUAUGAAACAACGAUUACACCUGCAAGCAACUUGUCCUCAAACAGCUUCCUGUGUAUGGAAAACAGAACCCAGACCUUAAAGCCAACGCAAGACCCAGCAGAGUGUGUGAAAAAAAUUAAAUCAUUUAUGUGGAUAUAUGUAAUGGUAGGAAAUAUUAUACGUGGAAUUGGUGAAACUCCCAUCAUGCCCCUGGGUAUUUCCUACAUAGAAGAUUUUGCCAAAUCAGAAAACUCCCCUUUAUACAUUGGGAUUAUAGAAACGGGAAAGAUGUUUGGUCCAGUAACUGGACUUCUGAUGGGAUCUUUCUUUGCAAGGAUUUAUGUAGAUAUUGGGUCUGUGGAUACAGAUGACCUGACCAUCACUCCUACUGAUACACGCUGGGUCGGUGCUUGGUGGAUUGGUUUUCUGAUCUGUGGAGGAGUGAAUAUCCUGAUCAGCAUCCCGUUUUUCUUUUUUCCAAAAACACUUCCAAAGGAAGGCCUAGAGGAUAAUGUGGAUGAGACUAAAAAGAACAAAGUUGAGAAAUACAGAGAAAAAUCCACAGAGGAAAAACAUGAAAUCACAAAAGAUUUUCUGCCAUUCAUCAAGAGCCUAUUCUGCAAUAAGAUUUACAUGCUUUUCAUUCUGACAAGUGUGCUCCAGGCUAAUGCAUUUACCAAUAUGUUUAUCUUCUUGCCUAAAUAUCUGGAACAGCACUAUGGAAAAUCAACUGCAGACGCAGUCUUUCUCCUAGGUUUUUAUUCCCUUCCUCCAAUAUGUGUUGGCUAUUUAGUUGGUGGCUUUAUUAUGAAGAAGUUCAAGGUUACUGUCAAGAAAGCUGCAUACAUAGCAUUCUGCCUAUCUUUGAUUGAUUACCUUCUAACUUUUUGUAACUUUCUGAUGACCUGUGAUAAUUUUCCAGUCACUGGCUUGACUACCUCUUAUGAAGGAGUUCAGCAGCCUCUUGAUGUGGAGAAUCCUGUCCUCGCUGACUGUAACACAAGGUGUAGCUGCUUAACAAAAACAUGGGAUCCAGUGUGUGGAGACAAUGGCCUAGUAUAUAUGUCAGCCUGCCUUGCAGGCUGUGAAAAGUCUGUUGGAACGGGAAUCAACAUGGUGUUUCACAAUUGCAGCUGCAUUCGCUCAUCUGGAAACUCAUCUGCAGUCCUCGGGCUGUGUGACAAGGGCCGUGAGUGUGAUAGCAUGCUGCAGUACUUUUUAAUCAUGUCAGCAAUUAACAGUUUAAUCUUCUCACUUUCAGCUAUACCUGGGUACAUGGUUCUUCUGAGGUGCAUCAAGUCUGAAGAGAAGUCACUUGGAAUUGGAUUACAUACAUUUUCCAUGAGAGUAUUUGCUGGCAUUCCAGCCCCUGUUUACUUUGGGGCUUUGAUAGACAGAACAUGUUUACACUGGGGAACUCUGAAAUGUGGUGAGCCAGGGGCAUGCAGGAUGUACGAUAUAAAUAGUUUCAGGCGCAUUUACUUUGGGGUGCCUGCAGCACAAAGAGGAUCAGGCUAUCUCCCUGCAUUCUUCAUUCUAAUGCUUGUGAGGAAGCUCCAACUCCCUGGUGAUGUUGCCUCUUUGGAAACUGAACCUGCAGAGAUGAAGCUCACAGAGAAGGAAAGCGAGUGCAUGGACGUGCACAGAAGUCCCGAACUUGAGAAUGGUGGAGAAGUGAAAACGAAGCUGUAAUGAGUUUUCUACUGGCUGGCCCAAUCCCAUAAAUAGAAUGUACACUUUCACUUGUUUUGAAUCAUGAGCAAUACUGUAAGAACUAUUUUUUUUCAAGCACCUUAAAAAUAUUUACUCAUGAUAAAAAUAAUUACUGAUAACAUUUUCAGAACAUUGUGGUAGCACUUAACAUUUUCCCAUGAAAGGCUUCUACAGUGUCCCCACACUGAACUGUAAAGCUGCCUUCAUUUUCAAACACAAUUUUCUGUUUCAACUCAAUCAAGGGAAGUGUGUUUUUGACAUAACUUCAAAUAGCUGUAAAAGUUUCCGAUUCCAAAACAGUAUUUAAUUCUAUUAAGUUUAUGAUUUGGUAUUGGAGGUAUGUAGAGAUGAAAAUAUGCAUCCUGGUCAUGCCACAUUGGGACAAUUGUCCUUUUUCAAUGUAAGACAGCUGCAUAUGUCUUUGUCUAUUUAGGAGUUUUUAACUCUGUUUUAAUGUAGACAUGAUGCUUCCAAGACUAGACUCCUCAUUAACAUGUCAUUUCUUGUUUUCAGUCCCUCCUUUCUUUUUUUUUCUUUUUUUUAACUUUUAUUAAUUACACUUUAUUCAUUUUGUAUCCCCCAUAAGCCCCUCCCUCCUCCCUCCCGGUUCCACCCUCUCCCCCUUUCUGCAUGCAUGCCCCUCCCCAAGUCCACUGAUAGGGGAGGUCCUACUCUCCUUCUUUCUGAUCUUAGUCUAUCAGUUCUCAUCAGAAGUGGCUGCAUUGUCAGGGUUCUAGGUUAUCUCCAUGGAUAUUUACUCGUGCCACAGGAGUAAUUUUGUUCAGAGCACUGAUUUGUGGCACACACUCUGAUGUAUAAACCAUACCUUCCCCAAUGAGA